UAAAGUGGCUUACUGCAGGGAACUGAGAAUGGACUACCUGGGCCCACCUUUCGACAACCCGGACUUUGACCCCCCACGGCUGAAUCGCACGGAGGCCAUUCCCAGUGCCACGCUGGAAGUGAGUGCUUGGAGGAACCUGGGUGACCAGCAUCGGCUAAUGGAGAAUCUUCGGGCCUACACCCUACUGCUGCGGUGUCUGGGAGACGUAGAUCGGGAGCUGACCAACGCCGCCCUGAGGCUCACCUUCCAGCACUUCUGCGCCAGCGUUCGAGGACUUACCAUCAGCAUCUCAGGCCUGGUGACCUCACUGGGCUAUCCCGAGCCUACCCUCCUUCCCCCUGCGCACUUGGACAGGGGCUUGUCGCCGGCUCCCAGUGACUUCCUGAAGAAACUUGACCACUUCUGGCUGAUGCGGGAGUUGCAGGGGUGGCUCCUGCGCUCGGCCAAAGAUUUCAACCGCUUAAAGAAGCGUCUCGGUGGCUUUGUUACCCAUUUGGACUAUCGGAGGCCCUGA